GAUGGAGCCCGUGGGGGUGGGAAGGGCCGGGCAGGGGGGGAUAAAGGGAUGAGGAGCCCCCGGUGCUCCAGCCCAGCGCGGAGCUGCUUCCCCCGAGCCCUGUGCCAGGUGAACCUAAUGUCCACAGAAACAAGGAGCUCAUCUCAGCAUAACCAAGAAGGACGAACGUCGUCCACAACAACUGUGGCUGAUGGCAUUCUGGCUAAGAAAGGGAUAGCAAAGAUAUUCAAAGGCAUAGAAAUGGUGCUCGAUGAAUCAACAACUGUGUAUGGUGGCAGUCGGGCUAAGAAAGGCAGAUCAAAGAUAUUCAAAGGAGUAGAAAUGAUAAUUGAAACUAUCAUAUGUGCGGUUGCUAGGAGUGUGAUUGAGAAAAUCCUUGCAAUUGCAUCUGACGAAUCAAGAAAGAGAAAUGAGGAGGAGACCACAAAUGCCGUGGAAUCUAGGACAGAUGAAACCUCUCAGGAGCUCAUAAAAACAAUGAAAGCCUUGCAGGAAUAUCUCAAAGAAUCACAGGAGUCCGGACAGUGUGAGUGUCAGCACAGCAGAGCACAGCUGGAGGGGAACCGAGGACAGAAUGAGGGGGAAAUUUCAAGUGCCACGACGAUUAGAAAUUUCCAGCAGCUCUCACAAAGACUUGAAAGUCUGGAAGAACGUUUACAGCAAAUGGUGGAGUCAUCAUAGCACGGGUUUCAGCUUCUCAGAGCAGACCAGGAGAAGUAACAAGGAGGUUUGUCCUAAAUUAUCCAAGAAUUUCCUUCCCAUAUGCCAGAGGCACUCUUCUCUGUCGGAAUGGAGGGAAUAUUUUCCUGCCUGUCCUGAGAUGUCCUGAUCCCCAGGAGAGCACUGCUUUUAACCUUCAUCCAUGGAGAAAGCUUCCAAGGCUUUGAGAUGAAUUGGAAUCUACGAGUGUGCGAAGUAGAUAGUAGUAUAGUUUAUCACAUGGUGAAAAACUUAAAUUUUGGGGGUUUUAGUAUGGAGGUGGAUUGGAGACAAGAUGGAGAAUUUCAGGCAUUGUCUGAUCUCCUUGUUCUUCAUCUACUCCAUUUUCUGCAGUGUUGGGAGCACAGGGUGAUUGAUUAGAAAGAACCGCAAUGCAGGUGUUGUGUGGACAGAAAAAUAAAUAGUUAUUGGUAGAAAGGAAGAAAUAAAGUGUGUUCUAAGAAUUAAUUGGAUGAAAUAGCUUUAAAAAACCUUGAACCUGUGUGUCUUGUGACUUUUGGCGCCUUCUCUUUGUACGCUAAGUCUGAGAUGUAGACGGCGUGCAGAAUUUCUGAUAAGAGAAAAAUAAACAAUAACCUGCAGAAUUAAAAA